CGUUUACUGCCAUCAAAGUUCCCGUUCGAUUAUCUCGACCAGGACAAGUGAAAAUCCAUGAAAAUCGUGCAAAAUGGCCGCCACUAGAAAGGACAUCGAAAAGGCCGCUACCCUUCACCGGAACCGCGUCACGCUGACCUUGCGCAAUGUCCGCAGCCUGGAGAAGGUGUGCGCUGACCUGAUCAGCGGCGCCAAGAAGCAGAAGCUGCGCGUUAAGGGCCCGGUUCGCAUGCCGACCAAGAUCCUGCGUAUUACGACGCCUUGCGGUGAUGGUUCCAAAGAUCGCUUCCAGGUCAAGGUCACCAUCGCCGACCCUUAAGCUGGAUAGUUCCAC